UGAUGACAUCGAAGUAAAAAAAAAAAAAAAAACCCUUCUCCAAUGGCUUCACUUCUUCUUUUUCCUCACCUUCACCUUCACCAUUUUGAUUCUUCUUCACUAGAUCGUAGAGAGAUACUAGUAGCUCGUAAUUCACCUAAACCAAGACAAUUCAUCUCUCCGAGAGCUUCAAUCAAUGGCGGAGCAGCAGCCGAAACCGCCGUCAAACCUAGUCGCAAAGGGAGGAAGAAGAAGCAACAAACCUCGACGGUAAUUGAGAAAGACGACACCGAGAACAUUACUAUCGAGACUGAUGCUGAAUUGAAUCCGGAGUUAGAGGACUACGACGACGGGAUCGAGUAUCCGUACGACGAUCCGCCUCUCGUAUGCUGUUUCGGGGCAGUACAGAAGGAGUUUGUUCCGGUGGUGAGAGUCCAUGAUAACCCUAUGCAUCCUGAUAUUUACUCGCAGUGGAAGAUGCUGCAGUGGGAUCCGCCGGAGUUUGGUAGAGCUCCUGGAGGUCCGCCGUCGAAUGUGGCGAUCUCUCAUGUUCGGUUAGGUGGGAGAGCGGCGUUUAUGGGAAAAGUCGGUGAAGAUGAGUUUGGGGAUGAGCUGGUUUUGAUGAUGAAUCAGGAGAGAGUUCAGACGAGAGCUGUAAAGUUCGAUGAGAAUUCGAAAACUGCUUGUACUCGUGUUAAGAUCAAGUUUGAAGACGGGAAAAUGAAGGCGGAGACGGUUAAAGAGCCGCCGGAGGACUCGCUUCUUGCUUCAGAACUCAAUUUAGCUGUGCUUAAAGAGGCGAGGAUUUUUCAUUUCAAUUCAGAAGUGUUGACGUCUCCUACAAUGCAAUCAACUCUUUUUAGGGCUGUACAGUGGUCUAAAAAGUUUGGAGGGCUUAUUUUCUUUGACUUGAAUCUGCCAUUACCGCUGUGGAGAUCGCGUAAUGAGACUAGGAAGUUGAUCAAGAAAGCAUGGAAUGAAGCAGACAUCAUUGAGGUUUCACAGCAAGAGCUUGAGUUUCUGCUUGAUGAAGAUUACUAUGAGAGGAGAAGAAACUACACACCACAAUACUUUGCUGAGGAUUUUGAUCAGACGAAGAACCGAAGAGACUAUUACCAUUACACACCAGAGGAAAUCAAGCCAUUGUGGCAUGACAAGCUGAAGCUAUUGGUUGUGACUGAUGGAACGCUCCGGCUUCAUUACUAUACUCCUACUUUUGAUGGAGUUGUGGUUGGAACAGAAGAUGUGCUUAUAACUCCUUUCACCUGUGAUAGGACAGGUUCUGGUGAUGCUGUUGUUGCAGCGAUAAUGAGAAAGCUAACAACUUGUCCUGAGAUGUUUGAGGAGCAAGAUGUGUUAGAGCGACAGCUCAGAUUUGCAGUUGCUGCUGGGAUCAUAGCGCAGUGGACAAUUGGUGCAGUGAGAGGUUUCCCUACUGAAAGCGCGGCGCAAAAUUUGAAAGAACAAGUAUAUGUUCCAUCAAUGUGGUAGAAUAGAAAGAUGACGAACUCAACUUGUACUAAAUGUAUUUUGAACAAUGUGUGAGAGAGAUGUAUGCACUGUUUCAAAUUUGUAACCCAAUGUAGAAUCAAUUUUUGAGUUCACUGAUAACAACAACCAUGUGAAUGGA